CCUGCGCGCAGCCGGGGUCCCUUUAAGCGCAGGCCCCGCCCCGGGCGCCGCAGGCUCCGCGCCUCCCGCCCCGCAGGCUUCGCGCCGCCGCCGCCGCCAUCAUGAUCUGCGUGGUGCUGGCCCUCUUCGCGCACCUCUUCCCGGCAGCAGGCACCGGCGCGCACGAGCGCACCUUCCUGGCCGUGAAGCCGGACGGCGUGCAGCGGCGGCUGGUGGGCGAGGUGGUGCGGCGGUUCGAGAGGAAGGGCUUCAAGCUGGUGGCGCUGAAGCUGGUGCAGGCGUCCGAGGAGCUGCUGCGCCAGCACUAUGCCGAGCUGCGCGGGCGCCCCUUCUUCAGCCGCCUGGUCAAGUACAUGAGCUCGGGACCCGUGGUGGCCAUGGUGUGGCAGGGGCUGGACGUGGUGCGCGUCUCUCGGGCACUCAUUGGGGCCACGGACCCGGCAGACGCCCUGCCCGGCACCAUCCGCGGCGACUUUUGCAUCGAAGUCGGCAAGAACGUGAUCCACGGCAGCGACUCGGUGGAGAGCGCACGCCGCGAAAUCGCACUGUGGUUCCGGGCGGACGAGCUCCUGUGCUGGGAGGACAGCGCCGGGCACUGGCUGUACGAGUAGCGGCCCGCCCCGCCCCGCCCGCCCCGCCCCGCGGCCGCAGCUCCUCGUCCCAGCCUGGCGUGGCGGGUUGGUUGGUUGGUUGGUUUUGCAAUAAACUGAAGGCGACUGUG